AUGGACGGCGCUCUGCCGGAGAACGACGGCAUGCAGCUGCUGCGCCAUCAGUUGCAGGAGAUCAGGCAGCUUGCCAUCUCGACGGAAGAGAAGGCUCAGAGGAUGCAUUCGCUCAUGAUGUUGGAUUAUAUGAAGCAUCGGGCGCGGUUGGAGCCUGAGCCAUCGGAGAAGAGAGAGAGGGACAUUUCGAUGUCGCCCUUGCUGGCACCGGUCGAUCCGGAGAAUCCGUAUGAACUGCGGCCUGGGGAUUUGGAUGUUGCUGUCAGUCCGCUGCCGAAGAACCCGAGGGAUAUCGAGGGAGAAUUGGAUGAGGCGAUUGAUGAUGAGCAGCCCGAGUUGGGCUGCAUGCACUAUAAGCGCAAUGUCAAAGUGCAGUGCUAUGAUUGUCAUCGAUGGUUCCCUUGUCGGCACUGUCACGAUCAGGCGCGCGACUUGCCCUUCCCCCACAGCCUGAACCGCAAAAAGACGCAGAAUAUGCUCUGCAUGCUCUGUCAGACACCACAGCCCGCGGCGGAGGUUUGCAUCAAUUGUGGAGAGUAUGCGGCGUGGUAUUACUGUCCUAGAUGCAAGCUCUGGGAUAAUGAUAGCAAUAAGCGCAUCUACCACUGCGAUGAUUGUGGCAUCUGUCGGGUCGGCGAGGGACUGGGGAAGGACUAUGUGCAUUGUCGACGAUGCAAUGUGUGCAUUUCCAUCUCUACGUCGGCGGCGCAUCCUUGUAUCGAGAGGGCUACGGAAGGGAAUUGUCCGCUAUGUCUGGUGCCGCUGUUUGAGUCCCGGACGCCCGUGGUCAGUCUACCGUGUGGACACUAUAUGCACGGAGACUGCUAUAAGGAUCUCAUGGCUGUCACGUACAGGUGCCCGGUGUGUAGCAAGAGCGCGGUGAACAUGGAGUUGCAGUGGAAGAAGUUGGAUGAUGAGAUCGAGGCUCAGCCCAUGCCGGAUGAUGACGAGGUGUUACCGCUUGUCGAAGGGCAUGAAGACGAUGAAGAUCCUCAGCAACACCGUCCACGACAAGUCUGGAUUGGCUGCAAUGAUUGCGGAGGACGUUGUUGGACAAAUUUCCACUGGCUGGGCCUGAAAUGCGUCAGAUGCGACAGUUACAAUACCAACCAGAUGGCUCCUACUGCCGUGCAUGAAACGGAAGAAGAACGCCUCAUGCGCCAGCAACAAAUCCACCGGCAUGACUUCACCGGCGAUGCGGUUCUUCGCGACGCCGGUAUUGGCGUUCCUGAGCCCGAGAAGCAGUUCGCCAACAGUGCUCUCGAAGUACCAGAGUCCCCUUCACAACCCCCUCGUCAAGGGUCUACAUCUCCUCGACUCGCCAGCGGCGCCCAAUCUCUCGGACGAUACUUUGUACACGAAGAGGAAACCCGACGACCCAGUUUCUCCCGCUUCCCCGCCCCCAGCAUGCCCAAUCUGCCCACGCUCUCCGACAUGCCCCGGAUUCCACGAAUGCCCCAUCUCCCCCAUCUGCCCAAUCUUCGACAAAACCUCCCCAACAUGCCCAAUGUCGAACUCCCUCGCUUCUCACCCUACGAGAUGAUCGAUUCCCUGAGCAGGAGCCUCUCCCCGAUGCGCUAUUAUCUGAGAGGGUUGGAUCGAGAGGAUGAACUCGAUGAGAUCUGCGGGCAAGGGAGGAGGCCUACGAGCGUUCAGAGCGAGCCUUCGAAGUUGAGACUGGGCAGUGAGAGUGAGGGGAGUGCGGCUGUGGAUUCCGUUGGGCUUUGGGAUGAACACGAGGAUGAUGGGGAUGGGGAUAGUAUUCGUACACGUGCUGCGGAGGAGGACGACGAGGACGAUACGAGCGACGAGGAGGAGGAGGAUGCGGAAAUGGAAGAGGAGGAAGAUGAAGAAGAUGAAGAAGAAGAAGAAGAAGAAGAAGAAGAAGAAGAAGAAGAAGAAGAAGAGGCCGAGGGGAACGGGAGGAAUGAGAUGGAAUUGUUUGGACAUCGAUAGCUCUCGCUGCACCUAGUUGGAUGA